GCCACACGACUAUGGCUUUAUGUGGCGAAUGUCGCCUUAUUCGCGUUGUCCUUUGUAAUGAUCGUAUUGUUAAGCCUGUUUAAUUGUAACGUGAUUGUAAGUGAAUAAUUUAACGAAGCCGGUUAUCAAAAAAUAUUAUUAAAUGAACGCACUGACAUUUUAAUAAAACUUUAAGUUUGAAACUUUGUUGACAUCGAGACAGUUGUUAAGUGUUAAGAUAAAAUGAUUCUACAUUAAGUGAACAAAGGAGGGAUUGUAAAACUGGAAGGACGAUGUUCAAACAGCGCUGAUGUAGCAAGAGUUAAAAUGGAUCGGUGGGUGACGGCAGCGAGCUCGCUGUUGGCGAUUUUACUCUACUACAACACCCUCAAUGCUGGUUUUGUAUAUGACGACAGACGGGCGAUACUCUCCAACCCAGAUGUCAUUGGUCACACACCGAUAAACGCUUUGUUUGAAAAUGAUUUUUGGGGAACGCCGCUCACCGACCCCGGUUCGCACGGCUCAUAUAGACCUUUAUGCGUCGCCACAUAUCGCCUAAACUACAUCUUCAGUGGAUUUAAACCGUGGAGUUAUCAUUUUUUCAAUAUCCUCCUUCAUUCUAUAGCGACAGUGCUCGUUGUAACGACCGCGCGGCGGCUAUUACCAACCCAUUGCAGAAGAGUCGGAACUGCGGUCGCCGGUUUGAGUUUCGCAGCUCAUCCAAUACAUACAGAAGCUGUGGCCGGAGUGGUCGGAAGGGCUGAUUUGGCUGCCUGCAAUUUAUUUCUUCUUAGUUUCUUAUUAUAUACUGAACACGUAAGGCUUCGAAUUGAAAAUCAGAAAAGAAAAUGCCGACAUAACAUUAAGAGUACUCUAAUGCGCCAUCAAUUGACAACGAGUAAUCAAAACUUUCGACUGAGCUGCCACGGGUUGGUGCAACAACUAAUGAUAAAUGUCCGAAGACUGCUGAAAGCUGGUAAAGCGGGACCUUUGAGAAUAUUGAACGCUUGUGAAGUAGGUACCAAUUCUGUGAAACUUAAUAAGUGUCAGUGUAACGGUAGUGUUAGUGAAGAUUCAGGUGAACUGUUAAAAUGGUGUACAUUAGCAGGGACUCUUAUAUUUGCUGUGGCGGCUACUCUUUGCAAGGAGCCUGCCAUAAUGAUUGUUCCGCUCUGCAUAUUUUAUGACGUUUUAAAAGAUACUCGGCAGGAGGAAUCUUAUUCAAAGUAUCGAUGGAGAAGUGUCUGCGCCUUAAGCACUGGGGGAUUUGUGCUACUCUACUGGCGCCUGCGACUCGCUGGCGCGCCUUCCGCUUUCGCUUCGGCUGAUAAUCCUACUUCUAGAGACCCAUCUUUACUAACUAGAUUUUAUACCUUUACCUACCUCCCAGUUUUUAACUUCUUCCUCCUAAUCUAUCCCUUCCAACUGAGCUUCGAUUGGUCUAUGGACUCCAUUCCUCGAAUAACAACUAUAUUCGAUAUAAGAAACCUUUACUCGUUAGUUUUCUAUGCAAUAAUAUCAAAAGUAACAUGGAAAGCUUUAUCACAGGAAUUAAGACUACAGCAGGAAAUAAAAGAGAAAUUUUAUAAGAAACAAAGUAAUAAAAUAAAACAAAAAUGGAACUACAAUUGUAAACAUUACAACAGAAGACAGGACUGCAGUGAAAGAAAAAGUAUAAUACUACACAAAGAAAACGCAUCGUCUAAAAGAUUCGUGUGCCCGUGUAAUGGCUGUAAGCACACACUUAACGAAGACCAUACGAACGUGUGUCGAGCUAUUAACAAUAACAAUACAAUGAUGCAUCUUUCCACUUGCGUUUGCCCAGUAGCCCAAGGAAAAUCUAAGCCGCAUAACACGAUGAAGUAUGUGUACCGUAGUCCUCAAGUUGCGAUGUUAUUAUUUACGGCGUUUAUGGUGCUACCGUUCGUGCCAGCCAGUAAUAUUCUCUUUUACGUCGGCUUCGUAGUUGCAGAGCGGGUGUUGUAUAUACCCAGCGUUGGUUUUUGCUUAUUGCUCGGCUUGGGUGCGGGUACAUUGACGAGAAAUUGGCGCCGAUAUGAAAUGCGCAGUCGUAUAUUCAUGAUUACACUAUUAAUCACGUUACUUGUUAUGAGCGGAAAAACUUUACGAAGAAAUUUGGAUUGGCGUGAUGAAGAAAGUUUAUUCAGAAGUGCUCUACUCAUCAACCCACCGAAAGCGUAUGGAAACUUGGGUAGUGUUUUGACAACGCAAGGAAGGCUCGCCGAAGCCGAAGUAGCAUUCGAGAAGGCGCUAAAGCAUCGACCGAAUAUGGCCGACGUGCACUACAAUCUGGGAAUUUUACAUCAAAACCAAAGGCGAUACGGAGAAGCUAUCAAAAGUUUCGAAAGGGCAAUUUAUUUUCGACCUUCCAUGGCUUUGGCAUACGUGAAUCUCGGUACAUCAUUAAUGGCGGAUGGGCAACUGGCUGAAGCGGCAAGUGCAUUGCGAGCUGGAGCUCGUGCUGAGGGCGUGCGCGUUCGGGAUAGGCGCGAGCAUGAAGCUGCUCGCGUAUCUGCGUUGGUUCAACUGGCAUCCCUACAUACGCAGAGAGGGCACUGGCAAAAAGCACUUUCGGCGUAUAAGGAUGCCCUGCAAAUAUUACCCGACACGAAUGCGCCAAUAGUCGGCUGGACGCGACACAACGUGCUGUCAAUGGCGAGUGAAAUAUAUAUGCAGUUGCAUCAAUGGCCGCAGGCUGAACACAGCAUUCUAUCCGCUUUGGCUCUGGCUCCGAAUCAUGUGGAAACAUACAUCACUCUCGCACAGAUGCUCGCUAGAAAUGAAAGCAGAAGUACGGAGGCAGAACUUUGGUUCAAAAAAGCACUCUCAAUAGCACCUUCUGACCCAUUAGUUCGAGACAAGUUCGGCAUGUUUUUGAGAUCGCAACGGCGACUACGCGAAUCCGCUGAGCAGCUUGUAGAGGCGGCUCGAUUGUCACCGAAAGACAGUGUACGCGCGGCAACCGCGGCGCGUGCGUUGAGAGACGCGCGACGUUGCCGCUCAGCGGAGCGGUGGUACGCGCGAGCAGUAGAAUUAAGUCCAGAGGAUGCAGAGUAUCACUCGAAUCUGGGUGCAAUCUUGCAUCUUAAUGGGAAAUACGUGGCAGCCGCCUCUUCAUAUCGACGGGCUUUGCAGUUGAAGCCUAAUGAUGAGAUCACUAUUACAAAUUUAAAGCGAGUGCGAACACUAAUGAGCAAACAACGAAAAAAAGAAAUAUAGUAUGGUAUAUAUCCUUUAAUUAUAUAACAACGUGAAACAUAGGACGUCAAUUGCCAAAAUUUAGACUAUAUU